AUGUAGUAGAUGGCGCGUGCCAUAUGAAUUCUCCCGGCGCGUCGCGUGUUUCCUUUUCCAGCAUAUGGGAUAUGUCAACUUCGCUGAUCUCCCCGGCGAACAACCACCCUAAUCUCAACAUCUCCGAAACAGCCACGAUCCGAUACUCCCGAAAUUGAAAGAGCCUUCAAACUACCUUGGAUUACGAUGACGGCGCUGACUGAGUAUGAGCGAAAGCGACUCGAAAACAUCAAGAAGAACCAAUCCUUACUCUCCUCCUUAGCGAUCAAGUCUGUUGGCCCGGCGGCCAAGAAGGGCUCCAAGAGACCGGCACCGUCGAGCAGCACGCCCUCGAAGAAACGUGGCCGGCCAGCCACGGGCACCGAUUCCCCCCUUCCGCCCAAGCGUCAUGCCACCCGAGCGUCCGUCCGGCUCAGUGGAGUCGGCCUCGAUCCCGUUGAGCUCCAAUCCCGCCUGGAAAAAGAGGAGCAGGAGCUCGCGUCAGAGCGGCAGAAGAGAGAGGAACUCAAGCACUCCGAUCGUCCAUUGGUAGCAGAGAGCUUACGAACCGGCCCGAGCUCGUCACUUACAUCCAACCUCUUCAGCUCUCUCGCCCAUACCAUCGCCGUUAAGCCUAUCAAGACGAUGAAAGAAGAAGAGGUCAAUCUCGAGUACUCUCCUGGGGACGAUGAGGAUUACGACCGAUUGGCCGGCGAGCUUAAAGGACUGCAGCUGCGAUCACUCAACAAAGUCUGUCCUAAUCGAAUCUAUUCGAUGAAUUUCCAUCCCGAUCCAAGUAAAUCUCUACUGUUCAUGGGUGAGAAACUGGGAGGAGUGGGGAUCUGGGACGCGUUGGGAGAGCAGCCAGCCGUCAAGUCGGAGGAUGUCGAGGAUGAGGACCACGUUUCAACCACGUCGACGAACACGGCCGAUGUGUCGAGCAAGCCAUCCGUCUCACCGGCCAAGCCGGUCAAGCAAGAGGAAGAGGACGACGACGAGGAAGAUCGCCCGGAGUUUGUGGAGGGUGUCUCUUAUUUCAUCCAAGCUCAUGCACGGUACUCGGCAGUGUCGGCCAUCCAAGCCCAUCCAAGUAAUCCCCACCUGGUCUGCACCUCCUCAUACGACAGGACGAUCCGGGAGCUCAACUUCGAGAGCCAACAGAGCACAGAGGUUAUUGACGGUCAGGCGCUCAACCCUGACGAGGAUACCCUCUUCUCUGCCUUCGAAUUCGCGAACCAAGGCCGGGAAAUCUGGGCCUCCGAUAACGCUGGCGGACUCGUCCAUCGCGACCUACGUCAGCCCAAGACGACCGCCCGUCGAUGGACAGUCUCGAAGAAGAAGGUCGGCUGUCUGAGCCUGUGUCCAAACUCCGCCGACCGACUGGCCGUCACUGCCGGCCUGAACCGAGAGAUGCGUCUGUGGGAUCUGAGAGCCCUGUCCGGUCUCUCGCCGAGCAGCGGGCUCGCUGAGGUCGAGAAGGACAGCUGUCUGGCCACUUACGCUCAUGGGCUCGCCUGCUCAUCGGCAUACUUCAACCCAGCGGGGGACAAGAUCUUGAGCACGAGCUACGACGAUCUGGUCCGAAUCUGGGACUUCGAGCCGUCUGCCAGGGACUCCUGGCUAGACAGCCAUCCGUCCGACCUCGACCUUCCACCCUCCUUUCAGGCAAGACAUGACAACCAAACCGGCCGAUGGGUCUCUGUCAUGAAGGCUCGAUGGUGCCCCAAUCCGCGCUUCCCUUGCCACUUUACUGUGGGCAACAUGGCCCAGAAACUGGACAUCUACAACCCCAAAGGCGAGCUCCUCACUCAGCUCUCACACCACGCCUUGACCACCGUCCCCGCCGUCACAGCCCAGCAUCCGUCAAGCUCUAACCUGCAGGUUGCUGGCGCUACGGCGGGCGGGAAGGUCUAUCUUUGGACUUGAUCCUUCUCUUCCCCCCCGUUCAACUCUUUUGUUUAAAUGCAGAUGUGUGUUGUAGAAACUUUUGCUUUGGGUUUGUUUUGUAUCAUCUAAAUUAGAGUCUUAUUCAUAUCAUCAUUAUAUAGCAUCUAUUUAUUCCGAUUUGAGCUUUGUACCCCAAGCCAUUUCCAUCAUUAUUUAAAAGCCGAAUUGUUUAUGUUUGCUUUUACAUGUGUAGGGAUCUUUUUUAUUGGUUUAUCUUCUUGGAAAAUCA